CGUGUACCGUACACACAUACCCAUACGAACCACUCACAAUCCUUAAAAAGAGAGAGAGACUAAAAAGCUUCGGAUCGGAAAAAAUGGUUUCGUGGAUGAUGACGAUCAAGGCGGUGCUACUCUCUAGCGGCGUCGCAUCCGUUGUUACGUUACUUAAAGUCUCUGUACCUGUAGCUGUUGAUUUCUCCGUGUCGCAAGCUCCGAUCUUAUGGAGGUCCUUGUUGUCGUGGCUGAAACCUCCGUAUUUGUACGUCGUGACAAACGGAAUCAUCAUCACUAUCGUUGCUUCUUCAAAGUAUUACCGAAGCCACCAUGACCGUCAUGAAGAAGAAGAUGAGAUCGUUGUAUACGGUGGCGGCGGUGGUGGUGGUUAUAAGAUCCAGACGGAGGAGCUGAGUGUGACUCAACAUCAAGCUCCUCCGCGGAUGUUGGAGGUUAAGGAUUUGGAUACCGGUGCGCAUUUUGGUUUCGUUGUGGCGAAUCCGGAGGCGGAGGAGCUGGAAUUGAAGGCGGUUGAGGAGAAGGAGGAGGAGAUUACAGAUGCGGCGAAGGCGACGGCGGAGGAGGAUGAAAUUAAGAAGGAGCUUAAGAGUGUGAUUAUGGUGGAGAAUUUAGAUCUGGUUAAAUCCGAUUUCGUACCGCCGUCAAAUUUUAAUCAGAAUCGUCUUCCGCCGAGGAUGAUCGAAUCAGAGAAUCUUCCUCCUCCGAUGGAGAAGCCUCUGGUUGCUUCAAGGAUCGGUCACCGGAAAUUGAUGAAAGCAAGCCAAGAAGGUGGGAGAGCUUUGAGAGUGACGAAGCCGAAGAAGGGGAACGAGACGUUGGAGAACACGUGGAAGAUGAUAACGGAAGAGAAGAGUAAGUUAUACCGGAGAUCUGAUACGUUUAGCCGUAGAGAUUCCGGCGGUGGUGGUAUUGACGGCGAGGCGAAACCGGUUUAUAAGAAAUCGGAGACGUUUAGGGACAGAACUAAUUAUUACCAGUCGUUAGAGACGGCGAAGAUGAGGAAAGAGCCGUCGCUGAGUCAGGACGAGUUGAAUCGGCGAGUUGAAGCGUUUAUAAAGAAGAUUAAUGAGGAGAUGAAGUUGCAGAGGAUGGAGUCGCUCAGACAGUACAAAGAGAUAACUAGCCGUGGGGUUUAAGCUUCUUCUUCUUCUUCUUCUUUUUUACUGCUUUUUUUUUUUAAUCUUCGUUUAAAUUUUUUUAUUGGCUCUUUUUUAUACACAGUAAAAUUAGGAAAAAAAAUAGAAAAAGAAGAUUAGUUAGAUGUCAAAAAAAAAUUACAGUGAAAGAAAAAAAUCUGUUGAUUAAAUUUGUGAAGCUUGAGGAUUUUAUAGUCAAUGCUUUGAAGGGGUUUUUUUUUUUUUUGUUUUUGUUUGUGUGAAUGUGUGUAUAAUUUUGGUCAGCUAUAAAUUUGGUUUGUAAAUAUUAAUGUGUUGGUUUGACAAAAAAAAAAAAGAUAUAUUAAUUGAAUAUAUACACUUGGUUGUUACUUGUUA